GUGGUCUGUGGCAUUGAAAUCAUAUUGAAAUAGUUUUGAAAAUGUAAAUAAAUAAAGUGGAUAUUUUUAAGAGAAUAAAAGACUAAUUUAUAAUAAUUUAUUGUAAUUACUAGUUUGACCAAUUACCUACUGCAAUGAAUGGUAUCUACAGUCCCGUCUGAAUUGUGAUCAAUGUGAGUAAUCCUGAGCUAUCCAUCAACAUGAGGUCUUGUAGUGUACCCGGUUGCGACAGUCGAACAGCACUCCACAGUGUUCCUUAUACGAACAAAGUAAGAUGGAAGCACUGGCUGAAACUAUGCCCAUUUUUUUUUAAAUAUGGUUUUCGACAACUAGAGUAUGUGAAGAUAUGCAGGAAACAUUUUAUCCCAGAACAUGUUGAUCAUGUAAAAGAAAGAUUAAAAAAAGACGCAUUCCCUUUAUUACAUUUGCCAGGCCUUGAAACAAACACGACAAUAAACAAAGAGAGUAAAGUGUUGGAAAUAAAUCCUAUAGAAUCUAAUGAGCUGGUAAACUUUAAGGUUGUGGCCCCUACUAGCUUAUAUGCAGAAACAGAUACCACCUUGAAGUGUCCAUCUACAGAGGGUAUAGGAGAAAAACGUCGAGUGACAGACCUAGUUUAUCUUAAAGCGGAGGAUACACAAGGUUUGCCGGUUGAUCACAACAUGUAUUGUUUGCCUUCCCAAGCAGAGAAGCCAGCGUGUCUGUCUUCCCCAUAUGUCACAUAUCAGACUAGUAGCGAGCUGUUGAGUGACUGCUCUGUCCAAAGCAUUAAGGCAAAACAAGGGCCUGCUGCGACUGUGGAUCACAACAUUUACUGUGGAGCUCCACUGCCAGACAGUACUGUCAGCUGCACACCUAAGCAUAAUCAGUACACUGUGGAACCUUGUUCAUCCAAUGUUGAAUAUAAUAUAAAACAUAAGCAGAUUAUUCAAAAAACAGUUAAUACUCAUUUAUGGGUUCACAGUAUAGGAAAGGGAACACAGGCUGCAGCAUCCAAUGGUGCUUUGAAUGUGGCUGUACAGACAGACUUCACUGCAACAGCUGAACACUUGUCCACUCCACACAGUGGACAAGUGUUCAGCUUUCCCAAUUCUCACAUUGCAGAUAAUGAACACUCCUUGAAAGAAAAUGAUUCUCAGUAUAUCACUCUGGACGACGAUGGCUUUCAGGAUAAUGAGUAUGUUUUGCCAAGUGCCACAGUUGCUAAUCAGUCUGCACACACAGACAGCCAAGAGCAAUCUACUAUUAACUGUCCAAGUUUGUUAUCAAGGUCACAUCUUGAGAAAAAUUUAUAUCCCAAUAAUCACAGUAUUCUAUCAUAUGAUCAUGUUCAUACUAAAUCUUCACCAACAAAAAAAGUCACUCCUGCUGAGCCUAAUAAGCAAUCAGAUGUUUGUAUCCAUUCUACAGUUACUGAGACCACUGCAAGUGCAUUAGGGCCAUUGCAAAGGAAACCAGCUCAAACACGAACUCUGGAGUCUUUAGUUACUGAGUUAAAAGAGUUGUUUACUGCAGAGGAAAUGGCAGAAUUCCAACCUUCAUCAGCUGUGUUGGCAGCUGACACACCAGCCUCUGUGUCGAAACCCAUGUUUGAUACUGCACCUUGCCCUCCAACGCAGGGCCCUCUAGUCAAACAGCAUCUGCCUUUAGCAUCUAACACAGAAAUAAAAAGAGUACGUUUAGACAAAGAGAACAGUACUCCCAAUGAACAAAUGUUACGAAAGCAGAAUAAUAUACUAAAAGCUAAGCUAAAGGCAGUAAAUUUAAGAUGUAAACGCUUACAAUCAAAAUUAGAUGGGAUACUGGCUAUAGCAAAACCAUAUCUUAAAGCAUAUCCAAAUCUAACUCGUCAAACCAAAGCUUUGAUAGAUACACAAGUAAGAUUAGCAGGAGUAAAAUGCAAGGCUUCUAGAUACACUGAAGAAGAUAAACUCUUUGCACUCAGGCUACAUCAGAUCAGUCCUGAUUGUUACAGAUUUUUGCAACAAUAUUUAAAACUACCUACUAAGAGCACAAUGAAAGCUAUUGUAAAGAAUGCCUGAGAAGCGAUAUUAUGUUGGUGUGGAUAGUAGAAUAUCUGGUUUUUGUGAUCAAACCUCACUCUGGAAAGCUGUGAAGUCUACUUCGCUUCUAGAAAUAAGCUUGGAUGACUGGAGUGAAAACUCUGGCAAGCAGGCAAUGUACGCACAAUAAACAGUAAUGUAAGUCUGGAAACCUGACCAGAAAAAAGAACUCGAGCUCCUGAAGAUUGAACAUGUACAAGUAUGAUACCUGCAUCCCAACUUUAUUCACUAGUCAAAUAUGAACUUGUUGAUGGAGAAUGAUAAUAUAUUAUUAAUCUGUACCUACCUAGUAUCUACACAUCUUUUGGGAAAGGAAUGAGAAAUCACUGAAUAUCAUAGAGAUAAUCAUUCAUCCAAACUGAAUAUCAAUACAUCUAGCGAGCACAGAAUAUUCCAGCGACUUGUAUAUUUUAAUAAAGAGAUAAAUAGAGACAAUGCGAA